CGACUAGGUACCGGCGGCCUACGGAAACGUCUCUCGAGCAAAUCAAGCUUCCUAAACGUAUCUUCCUUGUAGCAAAUAUAUGGCUUACUCCAGAUGAACCGCUUUAAGUGCCGCUGACUCACUUCAAUUCGGCGCCUUCGCGGUUUGAAAAUUGUCUGAAUUUGAAACAUCCGCCUGUCUCCAUUUUCCAUGUUCUACGACGCCGGAUACUGCCACACAGGCAACGGGGUAGCCUGCUGGUACUACAACCACGACACCUGCUCACGAGGAACGAACUGUGAGUACUCCCAUGCUGCCGAUAUAAGGAGCGUGCGGGAUAGUCGAGGUAAAAACGUCUGCCUUCACUACCUGCAAGGCUACUGCAUGUUUGGCGACCAUCCAUGUCGAUAUUCUCAUGAUCGUCGAUUCCUUUCUUCGAAUCUAUCGCAUGGCCCUGUCUCUCUACCGCCUCCCGCCAUUCAUAUCGAUCUCCCACCUGCACCGAUUCUUGCUAAACCAGACAAGCCACGCAAGUCAGCUGGUCUCAGGAAAUUAGAUAAGGUAGGGGGAUAUCCGUGUCGUCAGUAUGUGGUGAAAUGCUUCACAGAGUGUACUCCUUCUCGGAUAGCACCAGCACGACCAGUAAACGAUGCUGAUUCGAUGCUGAACCGCCCAAUGGCUUGUUGGUGGACGGUUAUCGCGUUCUUCUGAAAUCUUGAAGCCCACCAUCAUUAUGAACGACAACAUGAACACAAUAGGCCGAGCGAUUACAAUGUAGCAGUCUUCCCAAAUGACAUUUGACGAGGCCGACGCUUAUGAUAUUGGAUCGUUCGCUCCUUGAAUCACCCUCGCUGAUCAUGCGUUCGUAUGAAUACCUCCUUUAUUUGGAG